AUGCAACGAAGUCUUGUUCCCAUUCCGUCGCUGUCUGCUUCUGCCGUGUUCCUGACCCGUGUCGGGUUCCACUUUUUUUUGAACGUUGAACAAACACUGCUGAACCGUUUCCGUAACACGGGUCACCACCAUGUGCAACCACCUCCAACCAUUCCGUCGAAUCGUUAUCUCCCAACCGUCGUUGUCCCCCUGAGGACACGAAGCCGAGCUCACCUAGAACAAGACACCGCGCUGUUGACUGCCAUCGACGACGCGACCAUAUCACCUUCCCUCUCCUCUGUUUCCUCCCUCUCCGACAUUUCUUCAUCUCCUCCAUCCCCCAUAAUCCACGAACUAGCACCCGUGGAAACUGCCGCCACCGAACCAAUGCGCAUAUACCCACCUACGAUGAUGAAGAAAGUCGCGACCGUUGAGUUCCCCAAGGAGAGCCAAGCACCGAAGCUCCUUCCCGGCGAUCUCACACCGUCGGUCAUCAAUACUUGGCAGACCGCAUGUGAACGCCACUUCCGCAAGGCACAGCUCGCAGACGAACUUCAGGUAUCGAUGGUAGCGUCGCGCAUGGAUUACCCCCACCUUGCCAUGUGGUACGAUGCCCACCAAGGACGCCUCGAUGCUCUUUCCUUCGAGGAUUUCAUGAUGGAAGUACGCGCCACUUACCUCCCCCAUGACUGGGAUAGCACCAUCCGCGAUGAGGUUAUGGGAGCGCGCCAAGGUGAUCAUCCCUUCUGGGACUGGGCGAAUGAGAUACAGUCCAAGGCAGCCAUCAUCUCUCGCACAACACAGGCCCUGGACAACACCGAGCUCCAUCAGCAGCUUCGCGCAGGUGUCAAUGCCCGCCUGAAGAAGAAAAUGAACUCCCCACAUCAUGCACGUGAACUCAACGAUAUUGUCCUUUUUUCCCAAUGGCUCCUCGCAGUCCAGGAACUCGACGAGGAACUCUGCGAGGAAGACGACCACGUCAACACCGCCGUCGCCAACGCUGUUGCCAAGGAAUGCGCUAAACACUUCACGGCACGUCCCCUGGCCAAUAAGACAAACACUGAUAAGUCCUCCUCAUCUGCUGGUGCCAAACGCUCUGCCGCCGACAACGUUGGCAGCACCUUCACUAAACUGCAGAAAAUAACUCAGGAUGAGCGCAACGUCCUUCAGAAGUACCGCGGUUGCUACAAAUGCUGCUUACCUGAACAGGACCAUACCUCGGCGACAUGCCCGAAUGGCUUCCCUGAUGCUGCUUCCUACACCCCAAUUUCGGAGGCUAACGUCGCAGAUCGUAUCAAAGCAGUCAAGGACGGAAAGCGCAAGGUCGCCGCUGCUGUGGUCCAGGAUGCCAGCGAGGAACCUGCCUAUGUCGCAGCCGUCUUUCCUGUAAACCAGACGUCUGUUCUCGGAGAUGGUUCUGACUCGGACGACAACGAGUACGUGCCUGUCUUCUCUGAACCUAAUCUAUACUGGUCUUGUCUCAUUGACGGACCAAAAGUCGAAUCUCCCCUUCACAUUCGUGCCUUAAUUGACGAUGGCUCCCAUGCAGUACUGAUUAGUGAAUCUCUCGUUCACAAACUCGGUCUCCGCCGUCGGCCUCUUCCGAAGCCUGUCUCAUCUGGACGCGCCUUUCAUACCGCGAAGGAUGGGGGGAAGUCGGUCUCAUUAUCAUCGCAUUGGGUGAAGUUAAAGUUGGACUCUCUGGACCAUUCUUUCCGUUCUCUUGUCGUUCCCGCUCUCGUCAUGCCUGGCCUAGAGAUGCCUGUACUAUUAGGUCUACCCUUCAUGGCUGCAAACAGACUUAUUGUUGAUGCCGAACACCGCACUGUGACCCAGAAGGAAUCGAGAUAUGCACUUCUUGCAACCCCGACAACACCUAAACGAGUGCCCACAAGUCAUCCUCUCUCCUCGUCGUCUCGUGUGAUUGUUGAUCGUCAAUGCGAAACUGUCCUGGCCGCUGACCCAGUACCAUUCGUUUGCACUCGUAUCGAACAACUCGCAUCACAACAACAUCUACUCGACCUUGAUCUCAAGUACAAGCAACAAUUCAUUGACCGGUUCCCCACUGGCACACCGCCACUUGCUGACUUGCCCACUGAUGUCUACCAUCGAUUCUUGCUCAAGGACCCCAGUAAAGUCAUCGCCACUUGCUCCUACGCUUGCCCGUGCAAGUAUCGAGAUGCUUGGCAGACUCUCUUGCAACAACACCUUGAUGCCGGUUGUAUGCGCCCGUCCUCAAGCGAAUAUGCAGCACCCGCUUUCAUCAUCCCUAAGUCUGACCCGACCGCACUUCCACGUUGGGUCAAUGACUACCGCCAACUCAACCAGAACACCGUCCCCAACCGCUUCCCCCUCCCCUGCAUUGACGACAUUCUUACCGACUGCGCAAAAGGAAAGAUUUGGGGAAAGUUGGACAUGACCAAUGCAUUUUACCAGACCCGCGUACACCCCGACGAUGUGAAGUACACAGUGGUUCACACUCCGUUUGGUCUCUAUGAGUGGCUGGUAAUGCCCCAAGGAUGUCGCAACGCUCCCUCCACACAUCAACGUCGUAUGACCUCUGCAUUGCACCAACACAUUGGCCGCAUCUGUCAUGUGUACCUAGACGACAUCAUCAUCUGGUCUCAGUCCCUUGAAGAACACGAAUGCAAUGUCGCCACGGUCCUUGAAGCACUUCGCAACGCUCACCUAUUCUGCUCCAUCAAAAAGACCAGCCUCUUUUGUUCCGAAAUCGACUUCCUUGGACACCACAUCUCUGCCCGAGGAAUCGAGGCAGACCCCAACAAGGUUGCCCGUAUCAUGGACUGGCCAGUUCCACGUAACGCAAAAGACGUCCGUGCGUUCCUCGGACUUGUACGGUACAUCUCUUCAUUCUUACCUCAGCUCACUGCACACACCUCCGUUCUCACUCCUCUUACACUGAAGACGGCCGACAAGGUGUUUCCCACUUGGGAAUCCUGA